AAAAACCAAAAUGGCAUGAAAUGAUCCCCCUUUAGUCUAACGAACGGCUCUCUCACCGUCUUCAAGAUCCCCCGAAUCCUCUGGAACAGAUGCCCUAGCCCACAACACUCCACAACAAUGGCGACCGACGAUCCUACGUCGCGCAACUGGCUGGAGCUGCCGAGGGAGAUCGCGACGACGAUCCUCCUGAAGCUCGGCGCCAUAGAGAUCCUCACCACCGCACAGAUGGUGUGCACCUCCUGGCGCUCCAUCUGCAAGGACCCCGCGAUGUGGCAAUCCAUCGACAUGCGCAACACGGGGGACUUCUUGGAGAUGGACCUCGACCUCGAGCUCAUGUGCCGCCACGCCAUCGACCGCAGCCACGGCGGCUGCGUCGACAUCAACAUCGAGUACUUCGGCACCGACGAACUCCUCAAGUACACCACCGACCGGUGCAAUCAUAUUAGACGUCUACGACUUGUAUGGUGCAAUAACAUUUCGGACGAGGGUCUGUCUCAAGCAGCCACAAAACUUCCUUUGCUGGAGGUCCUUGAAUUAUCUUAUUGCUCAUUCUCGAAGGAAUCCCUAGAGACUGUUGGCCAAUGUUGUCCCCUUCUGAAAUCCUUCAAAUUGAAUAGCCGGGGAUAUAAAUGUCCACACAUAGAAUGUGAUGAGGAGGCACAAGCUAUAGCGAAAAACAUGCAUGGAUUACGCCACCUCCAACUCUUUGGGAAUAAGAUUACAAAUGAAGGUCUGAAGGCAGUUCUCGACAGUUGUCCUCAUCUUGAGUAUCUUGACUUGCGCCAGUGCUUCAAUGUUAAUCUGGGGUGCGAUUUGGGAAAAAGAUGCACCGAACAGAUCAAAGAUUUAAGGCGUCCAUAUGACCCCACAGAUGACUAUGAAUUUGACGCUACAAUUAACGAUGAUGACUCCUUUGAUGAUGAUUACCCAUCUGGGUUUUCUGACAUCGCUUUGUCUGAUUAUGACAACUACUAUGAAUUCUCUGACUAUGACGACUUCACUAUAUAUGGGUUUGACUAUGAUUAGUGCUUUGCUGGUUGACGCACUUGCAUGCCGAAGAUUCUUUAUGGUUGCUGCGACUUCGUGCCCUGCUUCGAGGCAGAGAUGGUUGAACGGCCAUCCUGCACGCCUUCUGGUGUAGAUUUUGACCUAAACAUCGCAAGUGGGAUUCUUUCCUAUUUUGUUGAUGAAGAGAAGCGCCUCAUAGAUGGGCGCUCCCUAAGAGUGCAAUCUGUUGUUCCUUUUGUUCUAGUCUCUGCAUUUUCUUUCCAGAACAUGUUUUGUGACCAUGAGCUGUGUUUUCUCCAGUGCCUAGUCUUAUUUGGGUAUCUGUGACAUUGGUGUGCUAACUGCAGAUGGUCAUGCUA